CGACAGUUGACAAAAUCGUGCUGUUAAGAAAACAGAAAGUAAAAAUAUGAGUGCUCACUGGGGUACAGGGGGUGACGCUUACUUCAUAGAGAAUUGACAGUGAACCCUACAUUAUUCCUGGCAGAAAAUUUCAUCGAUUGGAUUGUCAAAUUGUCAUCUAUUUGGGAUCAUCGGGAGUGAUUGAAUAUCAGUACGUUGGGUGCAUUAGCUGGGAUAUUCCUGCUUUUGGAAGACAAUUGAGUACUGGCAGGAUGGAUGUUAAGGGAGAGUGAAGCUGUAUUAUUCAACUGGACUACGAAUACCUUCACCAUGACACAAGCCAGCAGGAAACGAGGGCGCAGUAUUGAAGACGAGAGCAGUGAAUUCACGCCUCUAUCAAAAAGAAUAAACAAUCUGCACAUCAACAACUUGGGAAAACUCUGUGAAGUACCAGCAGAAUCACCAGCAGACGCUGAAUGGACGAAUCGAAAUUUCGUACCAUCUCCAAAUCACUCAGAGCCAUCUCAAAGCUCGUCCUCGUCAGAUGGCUUCAGUCUUGCUGCUCAGAAUAAUUUCAUGAUCCAGGAGUAUCAGCCUGAUCUCAGCCCUACCGAGAAUCCGUAUUACUACGAGAAUAAUAAACUCCUCUAUUCACUUUACGUCGAGAGAAUGCACAGACGUGUCAGUUAUGAUCUUUAAUUCUCAAUGGGGUUAAAAUUAAUUAAUUACAUUUAUCUCAGCGCAUUUCGAUUAUUACUUCGUACGAAUGACGAAUUUAGGAAUAUCAUUAUUCUCUAUUGUAAUUUAAUGAAUUGUAAAUUAUAUUCGAUGAUGAAAUAAAUUAAUUUCUUUCUUUUCCA